AUGGACAGAGGAUCCGAAUAUACUAAUAAGACAAUUCGUAACUUCUUCAAGGAGUACGGAAUAAUCCCGUGCUACACUUCCGUAGGUGACUCAAAAGCAAACGGAGUAGCUGAACGCCUUAAUUAUACACUGCUCGAUGAUUGCCGGACACUGCUUCGCAGUAGCAAUCUACCAUUACAUCUUUGGUUCUAUGCAGUGCAGUUCUCGACGCUAAUGAGGAACUCAUUAAUAACGUCCAGUGUUGGCACUUCCUCCAGGGCCAAAGCAGGCCUGACAGGACUAGAUGUCAGCACUAUUUUACCAUUUGGACAACGUGUCAUGGUAAAUAUUCCGCCAAAGAACAAACUUAGACCACGGGGUAUAGUGGGAUUCGCACUCACACCAUCCGCGGAAUCCCAUGGCUAUCUAAUAUACAUCCCAUCGAAACAUACCGUCACUGACACUACGAACUACCUGAUAAUUCGGGGUGAUCCUCACGACAGAACAGAUGACGCCGACGCAGUCAUUGCUCCCCUACUUGAUCAACUCGAAGCCAGACAGGACGGUGAAUUCGAUAAUAAUAUGUCCACCCAUUCGGGUGGUAUGGAAAUGGAUGUGUCAAUCCAUUCGGGUGGUACCAUUCAUCAAAGGCCUGUAUCACCAACCCCAACAGCCGAUAACCUAUCUACCUCGUCGGGUGGUAAUGACCCCAUCCAAACUGGAACCACAGAUACAACUGAAGUCAUACCAGAGUAUAUCCCCGAGGGCAACAAUGAUGUUCUAGGACCAGACAUCCAUGAUGAUCCACCGGAACAUACCAAUGAUGAUCCUCCUGAACAUACCAGUGACGAGAUCGCUGAUAAUAUCGAGGAACAUGGUUCAAACAUGAUCAAUGAAGAUCCCCGAAUCAAUCUUCAAAGCGCAAACCAUGCUGUCACCUAUGAUAAUACAGAAGGUGACGAUCAGCCCACGCAGAAUGAACCAACGUCAAACCCCAUAAAUGAUCCAGCAAACGAUCACCCAUCGUCCGCCAUCAUUGACAGCACUAAGACACCGGAUCCAAUUCCCGAUACCGUCUCAAGAAGAACCAUCAAUAAUGAUAUUGACCCAAGCAGUGCAAUUGCAUCCACAGUCGGAAUACAGGCAUCUGCUUACGAUGAUGUUGCUCCUAUUACGGAAGAUGAGCGCACCACAUCAUCGACCUCCACAGCAGAACUCGAUCCACUUCCCAGCGAGGAAGACUCCCCCGUACCAGAGAGUACUACUGUAGCAACUCCCGAUAGCGAAACACCUGAGUCUAUCUCCAAUGUGGGUGGUAACGAUCAGUCUCCAGAAGUUAAUGCUAAAAGUUUAGAAGAAAGAAAGAAUAGAAUUUUUCAGUACCGUAAUGGCGACAUCCCGAGGGUAAAGCCACCAAGUACAAAAAGAAAAAGUAAUUUAGCUCUAGGUGAAAUUGAAGAUAGGACUCAACGCAAGAGACCAAAGCGUCAUAUACUUUAUGUCAACGCAGUACACUCGAAUCCAACUCCUCAUGUUAAACCCUCCUUAAGUUACUAUGAGGCAAUUGUCAAUAAUGAUGAUAAAAAUGAUGCAAAAGGAUACAACGAAGCCUACAUGAAGGAAUAUGACCAAUUGAUCAAAAUGAAGACCUGGGAUCCUAACAAACCUAUGAAUGAAAAGACGAUCCCUAGACAACAAAUAAUAAACUCCAUGUUUAUUUUCAACACUAAGAGAGAUGGAAGGAAGAAAUGCAGAUUCGUUGCAAGAGGUGACCAGCAGAAGGCUGGAACUUACAAAGAAGACCUCAAAGCAAACACGGUACAUCAUUACGCCCUGAUGACCAGUCUCAACAUAGCACUAGACAAGAAAAUGUUUAUCACCCAAUUAGACAUAUCCUCAGCGUACCUAUACGCUGAAUUGGAAGAAGAUCUGUACAUCAGAGCACCUCCACACAUGAAGCUCAAAGGAAAAGCAUUCAAGUUGAACAAGUCACUAUAUGGACUUAAGCAGAGCGGAGCGAACUGGUACAAGAUGAUUGGCAGUUACUUAACCAACUCUUGCAACAUGACAGAAUUAACCGGUUGGCCAUGCGUGUUCAAAGAUGAAAAUGAAUGUUUUGUAUGCCUCUUUGUAGACGACAUGAUCGUCCUGUCUAAAGAUAUCAAGGCAGCAAACAAACUGGUCAAAACUCUAAAGAAAAAGUUCGAGACCAAAGUGAUCCAUGAUGGGAAAUUAGACGAAAACAACAUGGCCACAUACGAUAUUCUAGGACUGGAAAUAGAAUAUACGUUCGGAAAGAAAAUGACAAUAGGAAUGGAAAACUCCUUAACCGAAAAGCUUCCACAUUUAGGUUUUGAUAUCGAAAAGGAUAACAAGAAGUUUCUUGUGCCAGGCACACCAGGUGAACAUAUCCACAAAGAUAAUCUGGUCGUUGAAGAAGACGACUACAAAGAAAAGGUUAAGCAAAUGCAGAAGGCUAUAGGAUUGCUAUCAUAUGUGGGAUACAAAUAUAGAUUCGAUAUUCUAUAUUAUGUGAACAUCUUAGCUCAGCAUACACUAUACCCCUCAGAGCAAGUGGAGAAACUCACCAAACAGCUGUUGAACUUCGUGUGGCAGUCAAAACACAAAAAGCUGAUUUGGCAUGCCAACAAGCAUACCAAGACAAAUAGGAUUACCGCUAUCACUGACGCAUCGUUUGCGAAUGAAGAAGGAUUCCGAUCACAAUUGGGCCAUUACUACUGCCUAAAUGGAAAAGUCAUCGGUGGGAGAUCUUCUAGCGAAAAACUGCGUGUCAUAUCAUCUACCGAAGCAGAAAUAUAUGCGGUAAGCGAGUCAGUCCCAAUGUUACAAGGAUUAGCAUGCCUAGUAAAACAAAUUGAUCCAUCAUCAUCACUUAGAUCGAAGAUACUAACUGACUCAAAACCUACUAUAUCAAUAGUAGAGGACCAAAGUGAAGUUUCAAGAGCGUUCAGAAAUCGUUUCUUCGGGACACGAGCUUUCAGGUUAAGAGAUGAAGCUAGACGCAACGAUCUGAAGUUCGAAUACAUAAAGACAGAAGAUAACUAUGCGGACAUAUUGACCAAACCUACAUCAAUAGCCAUAUUCAAGAAGCUUACUCAUUCAUGGGUGAAAUAG